AUGGAAUCGGAAGAUAUUUGUAGCUUUUGUUUAGGCGGGCGUACGGAGAUUCCUCCAUUUGGAACAAUCAAAGACUCCCAGGAUUUGUUCCAUCCAUGUUCCACAUGUUCUAUCAUGGCCCACAAAAAGUGUCUUAUGGAAUGGUUCAAUUCUAUUCCUUAUGAGAGUCUUAAAGUAGUCCAUGCUCGGUGCAUUCACGACGUUGCCAUUAGGAAAGCUAGACAAGGUCAUAACAGUAAUAAUGAAGAUAAUUCUGGUGAUAAUAAUGAUGAUGCUGGUAACAUCACCGAUACUGAAGACUUGGUGGCUGAAAAUGCACCAGCCAGAAAUAGUUUCUUAACGUUUUCCCUCCCAGAAGGUCUCCUCGGAGGAAUGGUUUCCGGAGUAGCUGAAAUAUCCAUAGGAAUACCAGGAAUCACUUCGUCCAAUGGGUUUAUGGAGUUGCCUGAGAGCGCCAACCUUUUGUCGCAACAAGAUCUCCCCUUUGAAACAAACAACGUCACACCACAUGAUAGCGAUAACUAUAACAAUAACGAUACCCAUUUGACGAAUGUCAUAGCUGAGUUCCAAGACCAGAAUCAUGAUCCGGAGAAAUGUAAAAAUAAAACCGUUGCGUUGGUGUUUGUUCCUUGUCCUCAAUGCAAGCAAGCGAUAGUGUUCCAAAUGGACCGUUCUCAAACCAUAGCCUUUCGGGAGUCGGUCAAAUCGGUGGCGGUACGGUUAGUCCAAUAUGGUGGGGUAACGUUGGGGAUCUUUUCGGCUAUCACCGGGAUUAUACUGACAGGAUAUCUUGGAUUAACAGCAGUGGGUAUUAAUACUAUGCGAAGCAUUGUACCCAGUCCUAUUUUAUUACUGUUAUUCAUGAGGAAACCGUUUAAAGUUGUUUCCAGAACUCCUCCUCCUCCUUCUGAUGGUGAUGAUAAUAUCAUGGGUUUAAUACUGCAGGGUGCCCAAUAUUUGUAUCGAAUGGCCAAUGGGAUCAACCAACUGCCGCUGCUGCUGCUGCUGCUGCUGACUGUAUCCCAUACUUUCAAUGCUAUUACUGACAACAUUGAUAACCUACAAGAUGCCGUUAUAGAAGGGACAGUGGACCCUUCUAGUUUCAACAGAAUCCCGGCCUUGCCCAUCAUAAUGUACCGCAUGAGAGGUUCCUCCCUCUUGGAAUGCUUGUUCUCUAAAGGGGAAUGGAGAGAUAACUUGUCUAGGAUCGGUACGGAGUUGUUGAUCUCCACAUAUUUAAGCUCUUGGGGGUCUCAUAAGUUAGGCAGACUACUUUCAAGUCGGUCGACGAGAUCGUUAGCGUCAUGGCUGUUCUGGAAGAAUGUUUUCCUUAGAGAUCCCGAUUAUAUUUUGGGAACUUUGAUGCCACUUCGGUGGAUCUAUGAUUUGUGGUUCCGGUUGGCGGUCAAUAGAUUUCAUUUCCGUCUAACGCUAAAGACAGUUCCUCGUGAUAUCUACAAUAAGUUCAAGAAUGCCCAAACCCUCGAACUAAUAGCUCUGCAAAUGGGUCGUAUUGAAAUGGACACUUAUCUUGGUAAUGGCAGUAAUGGCAUUGCGUACCGAUUACGGCUGUUUUACAAAUACAAUGUACUUCGUUUGAAAUAUUGGUAUUACGAGACUCUAGCCAUUCUUGCCAAAGACUAUUCUGCCACCAUGAGUUCCCAGUCACUGAUUGUCAAGAGCAUAAUAACCAUGGCUUGGCCCUUUGUGUCGUCAUACAUUGGUCGAUUAACUUAUCUGGUGUUGACCACCAAAUUCCACGAGGAACUCAUGGGGGUCCCCAGAGCUAACUUACUUUUGCUAAGCAAUAUCAUUGGCUUGUGUUUGGUGGUGGGGAUAAAGGACUUGACUAAUUUGUACCAAGCAUAUAAAGUGUCCAAUCAAAUCAACGACGUUCAAAUCGUUACCUGGAACAAGACAACCCCCAACAGUUCUACCUCCCCCAAACGUGGCGGUGCUGUCAACAGUGCCGUUACUGAAGCUCAUGGGCUCCCGGGGCUGUUCCCAAGAUGUUGA